AUGCCUUCACGUUUCUCUUCGUUCUCUUCUAAUUUCCACUCAACUGGUUUGCGCAGGUCUUCCGAUGAGCGCAAGUUCGAUGAAAAUCCAGCAAACUUUAGGGAUACUCGAAAUGAUGAGAUCAAUUCCCUUUUAGAACGCUAUGGGGCCAGAAAACCCUCUGUUACCAAAAGCCCACCCCAAAGCUCAUUCGAGCAGCGUCGACAACAGCAGCUGGUUACGGAUAGUGGAUUGAGUAAGACACGACGAGAAAACGAGAGGGCAGGUGUAGGAUCAAUGGUGGUCGGCGGCUCCAAUUUGUUUGGUUCAGGUGUCUGCAGCACCUCUUCCAGAGUUCCUGAUCGAAAAAAUGUGUCUAGUGCCGCUAAAGAUACUCAGGAGAUCAAUCAUAACGAAUUCAUGAACAGGCUACUUGUAGCUCAUAAUCGCGUCGACGACCUACUUCGAUCUAGAGGAUUGAGUGCAGAGGACGAAUCCAAAUAUCUCAGAGCUUGGACGGAAAUACCCAUCGUACGAGCUCGAUAUUGCAGGAGAGCACGAACACCAAGCACGAGUUCGAGCGAUUCAGGUCUCUCGACGGACAAUGGCAGCGAAAGAAGCAGCUCGAUUGCAAAUAAAAAGGAGGAUAUCAUUUGCGAACAUCAGUUCGUACGACCCGAAACCUGUCUCUCAUGCUCUAAAACCUUUCAUUCUCAUCAACCGCGUUCGAAAGCAUAUUUUUCCUGUAGGGAACAUCGUGAUAAAUCGACAACAGCUGUGCUUCCCCUUGACGAAGGACCAGUGUUCAAAGCGACCUCCAAAGUACUAGCUGCUGUUCCACUACGAGAUAAACCAGUCGAAUUUGCUUGCGUAUUUUUUGCACAUGAGACCUCAUCUUCCUCGAACUUUUCAAAAUCCAGGGAGGAGUACCAGGAAGUAAAGAAGAGCCUGCACUCAUCGAUAAAAGCUGAAAAGCAGAUGAGAGUUCAACCAAGUUCUGUAGGGUUGCAACCUGCAACCACACAGAAGCGAACAUGCAAAUUUCAAAAAGACCAGUCACCUGUUAGUCAAGCGGAGGAACAGGGAAAGGUUGCAGCUACAAAGCCUGUGACCAUUAUGACUAUUUUACAACAACAAAGGGCUGUUCUGGCCAAUCUUGAGCGCAAACCAUGUUCUAUUUUGCCCUGCUCAGCUGACAUUUCCAUUCAACAUUGCAGCUUUUAUAAAGGUUCCAUGAGGGCUGUAGGCAAACCAGAAAGAAACGUCAGAAUGAACUUGCGCCUUACCGAACGAGCACCGAAUAAGUGUUUGACAAAGAUCUCGCUUCCUACGACACCUCGAUCGUUGUACGCAUAUCUGCGAGUACCACAAAAGCCACCUAGCGUGAACCGCAAGAAGAACGUUCAUAUGGUGAAACGAGGGUUUAAAGUUGGUAAACUUGAUCUUUCAUCGAUAUUAGGCUCACCAAAAAAGACUAAGCAACAGAAGAAGGUUAACCGUCUGGUCAUUCCCGAGUUUCUGCUGAACAGUGACGCUAUGGAGGAUCCUAAGAAUGAUAGAAAUCAAAUGAAAGAAAUGGGUGCUCACAAAGGCAACAGUGUUGAACCAAAGGAAGCAUUUCUACCGAAGCGAUCCUCAAUUCGAUUAGCCUAA